CAAGUAAAAAAUCCAUUUGGUCUAAAGUUUUUAACUUUCACAAAUCAAGCAACGAGUUUUCGCUUCUCAACUCGAAAAGUCUCGUUCUUUUGAUCUGAUUCGUGUGUUUUGAUUCUUCUUCGAUGGCUGCAAGCGAUGAAGUUAAUCUUAUUGAUAGCAAGACAGUGGUUCCACUCAAUACAUGGGUUUUAAUUUCCACCUUCAAGCUCUCCUACAACCUCCUACGUCGACCAGAUGGAACAUUUAACCGACACUUAGCCGAGUAUCUAGACCGUAAAGUCACUUCAAACGCUAAUCCUGAAGACGGUGUGUUCUCAUUCGAUGUGGUUAUGGACCGAAGUAUAAGUCUCCUAAGCAGAGUCUAUAGACCAGCUUAUGCAGACCAAGAGGGACCUCUUAAUGUGUUAGAUCUCGAGAAGCCAGUUGAUGGAGAGAUAGUCCCUGUUAUAUUGUUCUUCCAUGGAGGUAGCUUUGCUCAUUCCUCUGCAAACAGUAAGAUCUACGACACUCUUUGCCGCAGGCUUGUUGGUACAUGUAACUGUGUUAUUGUCUCUGUGAAUUAUCGGCGUGCGCCUGAGAACCCUUACCCUUGUGCUUAUGAUGAUGGUUGGAUGGCUCUUAACUGGGUUAACUCAAGGACUUGGCUUAAGUCCAAGAAAGACUCAAAGGUUCAUAUUUUUCUAGCGGGAGAUAGCUCAGGUGGGAACAUAGUUCAUAACGUGGCGUUAAAGGCGGUUGAAGCGGGGAUAAACGUUUUGGGAAACGUUCUGCUUAACCCUAUGUUUGGUGGGGAGGAGAGGACUGAGUCUGAGAAACGUUUAGAUGGGAAGUACUUUGUGACGGUUAGGGACCGUGAUUGGUAUUGGAAAGCGUUUUUACCGCAAGGGGAAGAUAGAGAGCAUCCUGCUUGUAACCCUUUUAGCUCCAGAGCGAAGUGUUUACAAGGGUUGAAGUUUCCUAAGAGUCUUGUGGUUGUAGCCGGUUUGGAUUUGAUUCAGGAUUGGCAGUUAGCUUACGCUGAAGGACUCAAGAGAGCAGGUCAAGAGGUUAAGCUUGUGCAUCUAGAGAAAGCUACUAUUGGCUUCUAUCUAUUGCCUAAUAACGUUUAUUUCCAUAAUGUUAUGGAUGAGAUUUCUGAGUUUGUAAACGCGGAAAGUUGAGCCAAAAAGGCAUAAAAGGUUUUUGUUUGGACAUGUGAAGAAUCUUGGUACAAUGAUGAAGAAACAGCAAAAGCUUGUGUAUACAGAAAGUCUCAACUUUUGUUUGCUUUCAAUCAGUGGCCUAUUCAACAAGACCACACAUGGCUCUCAAGAAAAUCAGUAGAUGCACAUGUAAGAGCUCAGAAAAAAGAUUAUAUUCCAUAUUAGAGUUGCUGAGAACUAAACAAACAUUAUUUUGCAUGGCAGAAAGUAAACAGCUUGAAUAAUAAGAAGCUAGUCAAGGGAACCAUGUUGAGGUGUGCUUAACGUGUCCUAGAGGCAUAGGCAAAGGAUGCAGCAGCAAAAAUGGUUGUUACAGACGAAACAGCAGUCCAGAAACUCUUCUUCCUGUGUGCCUCUUCUGUUGAUUGCUUCAUUGUCUCAGCUUCUUUCUUCAUCUCCUUGAUUAUAUUCUCUUUGCUUUUGAACGCUUUCUCUAUUGAUUCUAGCUCCAACAUAGCUUUUGUGAGCUCUGCAAGCUCCUUUUCGAGGAUAGUCUUUUCGCUUUUAAGUGAUUUGGAUUGUUUCUCCAAAUCAUCCUUUGCUGUAGAUAAACUCUCACGCUCAAUCUUAAUCUUCUCAAGCUCUUCUAGAGUUGUUUCAAUCAUCUUCUCUGAUUUUGAAACAUCUGCCUUGAGAUCCUCUCCAUGUUUCUUCUCCUCAUCAAGUGCCUUAUCAGCUUUUACUCUCUCAAACUCAACCUGCUCAAGCGCAUCCCUUAGCUCUCCAACUUUACAGAUAAGCUUCUCAUUGGUCUCGGUUCGAUCAUUACAAUCCUUUUGUAACGCAGCAACGGCAUGCUCUAACUCAUCAACCUUUCGCUUCAACUCAACACGCUUUACCUCUCCACUAAAAACACGCUCCUCAAGCUCAACUUUCUCCCGAGACAACUGGUCAAUCAACUUCUCCUUAUCUGAACACUGCCCAUUGACUAUCUCCAUUUGUUUCUCAACUGAACUCUUCUCCUCCAUUAACCUCUCAAGCUCACACUCCUUAACCAUCUUCUCUUUCCCUAUAACAUCAAUCUUGACCAUCAUUUCCCUCUCUUUCUCCAUAGACUCAUCAAGAUUCUUAUCCAACUCAAUAACCAUAUCCCUCAAAACCUUCUCUUCCUUCUCCAACUCAAUAACCAUACCACUCAUCUUCCCUAACUUCCUCUCCAACUCCUCUAUUUCCCCUCUCUGAUCACUCUUUACAACCUCCAUCUCAUUCUUAACACCCAAAAGCACAUCCACUUCCCUCUUCAACCCCUCAAUCUCCUUCCUUUUCUCUUCCAUAACCUUCUCCAAAACAAUCUUCUCCUUCCUCUCCUCCACCAUCUUCUCCUUCUCACCUCUCAACCCCUCAAUCACCCUCUCCAAACUACCUUCCUUCUCCUCCAACCUCCUCACCUCCCCACACUUCACCUCAAACUCAUUCUUAACCUCCCUCAACCUCUCCCUACCACUCUCAACCUCACUCAAAACCCUAUCAACUUCCCUUCUCAAAACCCUAACCUCUCUCUCUCUAUCAUCAACCAACCUCUCCACUCCAACACUCAUCUCUCUAAACCUACACCCGACGAAAUCCAUAACAAACCCUAACUCCAUCCUCAACCCCAAAUUCUCGUCGCUAACCUCAUCCAACUCGCUCCGCAACUCGCCUCGCUCCGAUCCGUACCGAGCCAACUCGGUCUCAAGCUCGCUCUUGGCCUGCGCCAGCGAAUCGAUCUGCUGCCGCUUCUCCACGGUUUGUUUGAGAAGCAUCGCGUUGAGAGACUUAAGAUUCUGCACUCUCUCCUCCGAAGAGUCCUCCAUGGAAGACUGCCGGGUAAGUUUCGUGGCUUUCUCGUCGUCGUGGCUUUGUGGAUUAUCGUUGACGUUACUCUUACGCGACGCUUUCUUCUUGGCCAUUGUUUUGUGUGGAAAGUGGCGGCGGGGAAUUAGGGUUUUGAGGAUUUCGA